GGCGGAUAUUCCGGCCAGCUCCGGGUUAGUGUGGACUGCAUCAACAAAACGGACAGCAACCUCAGCAUCGGCGUCAACUUCGCCUACCCCUUCAGGAUUGAGCACCCUUAGGUAAUAUGAGACUGUUUACAGCCUUUACAGCCCCGCAUGUCCCGAGAUCAGACAGCAGCAGGUACAGCCCAUCUUUACAGCUCUGCAUGUCCUGAGAUCAGACAGCAGCAGGUACAACCCAUCUUUACAGCUCUGCAUGUCCUGAGAUCAGACAGCAGCAGGCACAGCCCAUCUUUACAGCCCUGCAUGUCCCGAGAUCAGACAGCAGCAGGCACAGCCCAUCUUUACAGCCCUGCAUGUCCCGAGAUCAGACAGCAGCAGGCACAGCCCAUCUUUACAGCUCUGCAUGUCCUGAGAUCAGACAGCAGCAGGCACAGCCCAUCUUUACAGCCCUGCAUGUCCCGAGAUCAGACAGCAGCAGGUUGUACCAAACCUACUUCGAUGUCCCACUGUGUUAUGGUAAAACUCGGGAGCGCCUCUUCCUCAUUGGGGACUACUCUUCCUCAGCUGAGUUCUUCGUCACUGUCGCUGUCUUUGCCUUCCUGUACUCUCUGCUGGCCACGGUGGUCUACAUCUUCUUCCAGAACAAGUAUCGCGAGAACAACAGAGGACCUCUCAUUGAUUUCAUCGUGACUGUGAUCUUCUCCUUCAUGUGGCUGGUCAGCUCCUCCGCCUGGGCUAAGGGGCUUUCAGAUGUCAAGAUGGCAACGGACCCAGACGAGGUCUUGUUGCUGAUAUCGGCCUGUAAGGUGCAGGCUAACAAGUGCAAAUCUGUGCAUGGCCCCAUCUGGUCAGGCCUGAACACCUCUGUGGUCUUUGGCUUCCUAAACUUUGUCCUCUGGGCUGGGAACAUCUGGUUUGUCUUCAAGGAGACCGGAUGGCACAAGUCAAGCCAGAGGUACCUGUCUGACUCCUCGGAGAAGCGGCCCAGUGGCUUUACCCAGCAGCCCUACAACCAAGGCAGCUCUGAGCAGGGCAACCUUAACCAAUCAGGGGGCUUCAGCACUCAGGGGGACCUGGGCCAGCAGGUGACUUAUGGCCAAGUGUACGACUACGCCACUCAUGGGUCCACCUCAUUGGCUAAUCAGAUGUAACCAUGGUGAUCUAGUCACCCCUUCAGUGCAAGGGGCUGGUGUGUGUGACGUGGCAAAGAAAAGUGGCAACGAGCGUAGCCUGUUCUGAAGCCUGAUGUAUGAUUUAGGUAGAGGAAUACUUUGGCUUCAGCGGCGGCAUUUUGGUGGGUAGCGGGACAGGCAGCGUGUGCCAGCUGUCGACAAGUGUUGUACAAAGUCUCAGAUAGACGCAUUCCGCCAUUAAAGGUUUCCUCUUGUUUUUUCUACAUGUUGUGUUGACCGUGGUUCACACUCUCCAUCGCCAGGUCAUGUUGACUCAUGGUAGGGCUAUGCCGCUGACCUUUCAAUGGUAAAUAUUUCUCAAACUGAUUUGCACUCUCGUGAAGGAUAAUGUGGUCUUUUGUUUAUCUGUUGAGGAAUAUUAUAUUGUAAUAAGUGCAUGACUGUGGUGUUUCAAAUGCCUGUUUGUGUAGAUUGAUAUGAAAUUAUAUUUAGUUUAUAUAUCUGAAAAAGUUAAAAAUAUCUGAAUCAAUUCAGGCUCAUUUUGAAAAUGGGCUAUGCAAAAAAUGUUUUCUUUAUUGUUAAAUUCAGUGUAACUUUUAACCUGAAACAUAUUAAUACAUAUGUAUUUAAAUAUAUCUGAUCUUAAUAUUAAUGCAUUUAAAAGAAAUUUUGCCUGGAUAUUUGCCUAUAUAACACAUAAUAUCUUUCUGUGGGAUUAAAAAUUCUGCUGUUGUUAUGAAGACCUAUAAGAGAAAAUGUCUUUGUUUACAGGUCCUUUUCUAUAUCUAUUCUUACAUGAGAAAUGUUGUAAAACACGGCUGUGAAGAUGUUGUGAUUGUGGAGAGCAGAAUCGCAGCAGUGCGGUAGCAGGUGCUCCUCUGCAAGUCAUAGAACCUGCCCAAGCUUGAUGUAGCCCCUCCACUUUGUACACCACUUGCUCCUUGGUGCCCCCUGCUGACUAAUUUUUUUGGUAAUAUUUCUAAAUCCAUUAAUUGGGUUUAAAUUAAAAGGUCUGUAAUCUCAACAGACAUCAAAAGAGAAAGUUUAAAGGGACUAUUUCUUAACUGUACUAUGUUGUUUCUUGAUAUUCAAAGCAUGUGACUUAUUUUGCCUGGGAAAAACGAUCGAUUUCUGAGUGUCAUUAAUGUUAAAAUGUUAAUAAUGUGAAAUAUAUGGAGUCCAUAUACUUGUUGUAAUCUGUACGCGAUUACCAAGUGUGAAUGGUGUUGUAUGUGCAUUUGCAGUGGUGCCAAUUAAAAUGUUGCACAAAACCAAA